AUGGAGAUCGGCGGUGUGGCGGCGCAUGGAACUGAUCCAUCUGCUUGCUGGCAGGAAGAUCAGCAAGAGGCAACAAGCUUAGGACAUGAUUUGAAUGCAAGACCCUCUGUUGGUCUAGAAUCUGCCGAUGGUGAAUUAGACAGGAAUCUUCCCUCCUCGUCACUGGAAAUUGAAGAACAACAUGAGGAGCUGGCAGACUCUAACUCUGGGGUUGAGAGAGCUACAACGAGCACGGAUGCUCCCCUACCAGAGACAUCUAAUGCAGACUCUAAUUCUGGUGUUGAGAGAGCUACAACGAGCGCAGAUGAUCCCCUGCCGGAGACAUCUAAUGCAGACUCUAACUCUGGGGUUGAGGGGGCUGCAACGAGCAUAGGAGAAGCAGCAGGAAAAGACUCACAGCUUUCUGUUCGUGGAGACAUGUUGGCUGUCUUGGGAAAAGACUGCCAGCUUUCUGUUCGUGGAGUUUGUGCCUUGUAUAGGCAGCAAAGUUUUGAGGAGAAAUUUGCGCAUAGAGCACUAGAAAGAAACAAUAAGGGUUUCAGCAUAGCAGACACAAAGCUGGCUUCCUGUUACGCAAAGUUCAUGCUUGGAGAACAAACAAAUGGGGACAUCCAAAGAUCAGUGCGUGAGCUGGACAGAAGUAUCAGUAUAUUGCAUGUUAUUAGGAGGCUAAACAAAAUGGGCAUCACACGCAUGGAAAUUACCUUAAGCGACACUGCCCAUGUAUCGCAAUAA